CAGUCGGAACUUGAUGGUUGCUAAGAAAUGUUUGAGUUUGCGUCCACCUAUGGUUAGAAUUUUAGCCAAUGAAAAUCUGCAUUUUGGACUGCUGCCGCGAAACCAGGGAGGUUGGGUCCACCGCUUUAAUGUUUCAGCGCCUGCGCACAUUGGGAAAAACUCUGGAAGACGGCGGAGGUACCGCCAUUUUGCGGGAAGAGGAGCAAUCAGGUUGCAGUGCUGCUUUUACUGCUGACACUUUGGAAGAUAGCAGUGUUUAGCACUCCCCAACAAACCCAAAGGAACGGAGAAGACCGGGGUCCCCCCUGGGGGACCCGGAACCGGUGAGAAACCUUGAAACUCGGUUCCUCCACGACGUCACCUGUGCGUGACGUAGCCGUACGGCGCCUGCCCUUGACGUCACAGGCAGAAAAUGGCCUCGAGAGCAGAAUCAGGCAAACUUUUAAAAUUAAAAAACAAAAAGUUUUUGGAUUUGGAAGUGUUUGCUAUUUAAAUGUAGUACACUGUCAGCAUUUUAGGGCUCGGCACGCUCGUGGCUAUAUCCUUUACCGAUGAAGACGCUGUAUCAAAGAAUCCCAGUGACUCACGGAUCUCUUUCCAGAUCCCUGCAUCCCUGACGUUUAGGGUCUCCCUUACUGAUGAGGGAGCAUCGACUCACGGAGGAGAGAACACCUAGAGUCAGUUUUCAGCCUCUAGUGUCACCACUCAGAGAGACGAGGGAGACGAGAUUUUUUCCUCACUCUGAAGUUUCUGGAAGACUUAUUUCAGUAUAUUGGCCUCUGUGGGCUUUUCCCUCUUUCUUUGUUGACCACACUUUCCGUGGAGAAAGAGUACAUGUGAGGUUUUUAGCAUUGGGACAGUGGCCCUCGCAAAGAUGGUGCUUAUAGGUCCAUUUUUAAAGCGUAGCCUUGGCUUGUUACAUAUCAUGGGAAAUGUUUUUAUUUUUUCUCAUUGUUCUUGUUCUUAAUUAAGCUGCCUUCAGUUUGAAGAAGUUUGUGUCAGCUCAGUGACCGGACCCAGGAGAUGGCGCUACCAUCACCAGCAUUCGGUGAAUUCUGCCUGAACUGAACUGAACUGACAGUGGUUCUUCACUCUCCUUUGCCCCCGCAGCAGUGGGCCUCAGCGCUGGCUUGGGUCUUGACUGUACUUUUAUGAUAGGUUCCAGGCAUUACCAUGAUUGUGGGUCCCUAACGUAGUUUUGGAGCAGGGAUGGAAGUAAGAUCUGUAGCGAUUUAAUGGAUAGGAUUGAAUGGCCUUUGACUCAUAAAUUAAAACAGGGAGAGAGUUUAAAAACUAACCUAAAAAUGCAUAGUGUUUGGGACUUAAAUGCUUUUAGGACACCAGAAACCUAUACUAAACCCAGUGAGAUUGCAAGUUAAAAUGUGCUCAUGUUGUAUAUGGUUAUACCUAAAUCAGUUCAUUUAUUUCUGAGUCUGAGUGAAAACUUGUAAUUGCCGGGGGGGGGGGGGGGGUUUCAUGUGUCAACUUAAGUGAAAUGUGUGUGUGUGUUUGUGUUGUUACCCCAACCCUGUACUAACACUCAGCAGUUCUUGAAAUCAGAAGCGUUUCAUUUAGGGAGGAAAAAGCAGAUUGUAAAAGAUAGGAGGAAUUUUAUGACACUUAGAAAAUUGGUAUAGACUUAGCAGCCAAAAUAACUGAAAGGAACGGUUUGAGGAUCAAAAACUUUUCCUUUUUAAAACUUUUUCCACAAUAGGCCAAAUAGUAUAUUUUACAAUUAGCCUGUUUCUUAGUAUUUUGAAACAUACACAAUAAGGUGUGGCUGAUGGGACUGAUUCUUUUGAUUCACCUAUCAGAACAUUAAUUCUCCAGAAUAGUAUAUUUUAAAAUAGACAUCUUAAUAUACUGUGUAAUUUUUUUUAGUUUUAUUUAAAGUUGAUAAGUGUAAUGAUUACUCUUAUUUUUAUAUCACUUUUUUGUUACUUAUUUUCAUGUUCCUUUUAUUAACUUUUAUGUUACUUAUUUAUUAAAUCAUCAGGUUUAAUAAAGUCAUGGGUUCUGAGGGCAACAUGGACAGCAUCACUAGAGGAUGUAUUAGCUGCUUUAAAGAAGACAAAGCUCUUAUAGAUAUGGAAAGUAUGAUUAUGAUUAACCUCUUAACAUAGAAAUUCUUAAGAUUUGCCCUGGCUGGUGUAGCUCAGUGGACUGAAUGUGGGCUGCAAACCAAAGGGUUGCUGGUUUAUUUCCUAGUCACGGCACAUACCUGGGGUGCGGGCCAUGUGAGAGGCAACCCACACAUUGACGUUUCUCUCCCUCCCUUCUCCCUCCCUUCCCUUUCUCUAAAAAUAAAUAAAUAAAGUCUUUUUAAAAAAUCUUAAGAUUGGGUGGGGGGGGCUUGGCUUUAUUGAGGUAUAAUUGAUAUAAAAUUGUGCACAUUUAAAGUACAGUUUGAUGAUUUUUGAUAUGUUGCACCCAUGAAACAUCACCUCCAAAGUUUCCUGUGUACUUUCGUACUUCUUUCCUCCUAGCCCUUCCUUACCUACUCUUGUCCCUCAGCAACUACUAAUCUGCUUUCUGUCACUAUGGGUUAAUUUGCAUUUUCUAGAAUUUUUUAUAAGUAUACUCAUGCAGCCCUGGCUGGUGGUGUUCAGUUGGUUGGACAUUAUCUCACAAGGAGGAUUGCUGGCUUGAUUCCUGGUCAGGGCACAUGCCUGGUUUGCUGUCCAUUCCCUGGUUUGGGCAUGUGCAAGAGGCAGCCAAUUGAUGUUUCUCACAUUGAUGUUUCUCUCUUUAUUUCUCCCUCCCUUCCUAUUUCUGUAAGGAUAAAUAAAUACAAUCUUAAAAAAUGGUAUAUAAUGCAUAUUUUUCUUUUUUGUCUCAUUUCUUUCAGCAUAAUUAUUUUGAGAUUCAUCCAUGUUAUGUGUAUUGAUAAUUUCAAGCUAGUAACUUUUGAGUAAUUUGUCCUAUUGAUUUUGUUUGGUAUCUUCUGUUUUUCUUAUUUAACAGGACUGUGGUAGACACAUUGGGGAAGACGAUUGCCAGAUGUGACAGCUUGGGGGAGGCAAGAAGUCUCACCCUGCCUGUCUAGACAGAAAGGCUUCAAAGUGGGAUUGGUUAAGCCUGUCUUAAUCUUUUUGAGUUAUCUAAACUCUAGUUGUUAUUGUAUGGAAAAUGCUUAAUGAUGAAUCCCUUAAUUAUUAAUGUUGGGAGGGAUAUGGUGGGAAAGCUUAGGGCAGUUCUGCAUUAUUCUGGUGUUGUUUGUCUUGAUCCUUAUUUUUAGUGUUGCAUUUUUACUUUUUUUAAAAAAUAUUUUAUUUAUUUAUUUUCAGAGAGAGGGGAAGGAAAGGAGAAAGAGAGAGAGAGAAACAUCAGUGUGUGGCUGCCUCUCAUGUGUCCCCCACUGGGAACUGGCCUGCAACCCAGGCAUGUGCCCUGACCGGGAACCAAACCGCAAUCGCAUGGUUCGCAGGCCUGCGCUCAAUCCGCUGAGCCACACCAGCCAGGGCGCAUUUUUACUUUUUUAUUGGAAACGUGCACUUUGCAAUUUAAGUUUAAACCAGUUAUUCAGAAUUUUGAACAAUAGAAUGGUGGCCUAGUGUUCAUUGUAAAAUGAAUGGUGAUUUUACUUAAGAGUACCAACAUUUUCUCUUCACAUGAUAGGACAGGGUCUGUAUUAAAAUUUUGUGUCUGUCUAGUUUCCUUCUAGACCCUUGAUGUGUUCUAAGCCACCAAGCAAAAAUAGUUCUGGUCAGUAAGGUGCAAAACUAGGUUAAGCAACAGGUGGUAAGACUCUUUUGAAAUUUAUGAAGCAGAACUAUACUCUGAAGUCUGUUACUUGAAGGGAGGGAGGAAUGUAGUGUGCUGGAAGGGGAGAAAAAAAUAUAAAUGAGGUUCUUAUGUAUUGAUAUCCUCUCCUCAGAUCUGCUACGGUGGCAUCCGAUGACUUUGAUAUAGUGAUUGAGGCCAUGCUGGAAGCUCCCUAUAAAAAAGAGGAGGUAAUAUUCCCACCUCACUCCUGGAAUUGGGAUGAGCAGCAAAGGAAGGAGGUAAAAAAGGAUGAUCCUAGUAACACCGGCAGCAGCAACAGUGUCAGUGGGAGCAGUACCACGGGGGAGGCAAGCAGGAAGAAGAGGAGUCGGAGCCAUAGUAAAAGCAGGGAUAGAAAGCGCAGUCGUAGUCGAGACCGGUAUAGACGGAGAAAUAGUCGGAGCCAAAGUCGAGAUCGGCAGCGUUGUCACAGCAGCCAUAGCCGGGACUGUCGUCAUAGUAGUGAGUCUCAAAGUCGGGACUGGCAUCAUGAAGACCGUGUGCAUUACAGGAGCCCACCACUUGCUACUGGGCGUAGGUAUGGACAAAGUAAGAGUCCUCGUUUCAGAGAGAAGAGCCCAGGCAGGGAGCCAGUUGAUAAUCUGAGUCCCGAGGAGCGUGAUGCCCGAACAGUUUUCUGUAUGCAGUUAGCUGCCCGCAUUUGGCCUUGAGACCUGGAGGACUUUUUCUCUGCUGUUGGCAAAGUUCAUGAUGUACGUAUCAUCUCAGAUCAGAACUCACGUCGUUCUAAGGGCAUUGCCUAUGUGGAAUUCUGUGAAAUCCAGUCUGUGCCGCUGGCCAUCGGGUUGACUGGGCAGUGGCUGCUGGGGGUGCCUGUCGUUGUACAGGCCUCACAGGCUGAGAAAAACCGACUGGCAGCCAUGGCCAACAACUUGCAGAAGGGCAGUGGUGGACCAAUGCGCCUCUUUGUGGGCUCCCUGCACUUCAAUAUUACUGAAGACAUGCUCCGGGGCAUCUUUGAGCCCUUUGGCAAAAUUGAUAAUAUUGUCCUGAUGAAGGACUCAGAUACAGGCCGCUCUAAAGGUUAUGGUUUCAUUACAUUCUCUGACUCUGAGUGUGUCCGGCGGGCCCUGGAGCAAUUGAAUGGCUUUGAGCUUGCUGGUUGACCUAUGAGGGUUGGCCAUGUGACUGAGCAACUGGAUGGUAGCACAGACAUCACUUUUCCUGAUGGAGACCAGGAGCUGGAUCUGGGAUCAGCAGGUGGACGUUUGCAGCUCAUGGCCAUAUUGGCAGAAGGCUCUGCAAUCCAGCUGCCAACCACAGCUGCUGCUGCCGCCGCCACCACCACUACCACUGCCCAGGCUGCUGCCUUGCAGCUGAAUGGAGCAGUUCCCUUGGGGACCUUAAACCCAGCAACCCUGACUGCUCUGAGUCCAGCCCUGAACCUUGCCUCUCAAGCAAUCACCUCCCAGUGCUUCCAGCUUUCCAGCAUUUUUACCUCCCAAACCAUGUGAGUCAGAGGACCUUGUUUGUUUUAGUCACUGGGAUUUUCUUCCUUUGGCUUCCAUUUAUUUCUUCUCCUUGCCCCAGGUAAAUCAGUGACACUGUACACUGCCUCCCUGUGCCGCUGGGUCCUGCCACUCCCUUCCUCAUGACUACCCUUCUACGGCCCCUUCUCUUCGUUUUGUGGACCAAAGCCAUCCUGAGGCCAUGGACAUUUACUCUGUGGAAAUUGGGGCACCCUUAGACACCAAGAAGUGCUCCUGCCUGUGGCCCCACUGGGAAUGGACUCUGCUGAGCAACCACUAGUCAAAGAGAACAAUUACCGAGCACUGUUUCUCCAUGUGCGUGGUCUCCUGAGAUGAUCAUCAUUGCCCCUUUCAGCCCUCUCUGAUUCCUCGGUUCCUGUAUUGGGAAGGCCAUGGGCAUUAACUGAAGGAACUGAUUUCUUUUUUCUUCCCCCUGUACCUUUACUCUACAAUUUUGCCAAGGGAAAAUCCUUAAGCCCUCUGUUCCAAGAGGACUUUGGAGUUUGGGGGCAAGGGGGUGCUGUCUUGAAGGUGCUGUCUUGCAGCUGCAAGGUCCGUGGAACAGAGCUUGGACACGUAUGUGCAUUGUGAAGCCUGCCUUAGACCUCAGCUUGGGACCAGAACUACUGUGCGCCCAGCAUCUUGCUGGAAGCUGUAGAAAUUAUCCACCCUGCCAGGCAUUUUGGAUGUCUUAGGGGCAUUCCAGAGUCUAGGGAAAGAUGGGGUACUUUUCGAGUAUCUUCUGUCUUCCUUUGUAUAGUUAGUUGUCCUUCCUCCAGGUCCUUUCUUGGUCCAGGGCAGGAGGAUGGUGGGGAGGCUGCUAUUCCCACCACUUCCCAUGUGCCUCUACUGUGGGCUCCACCCAGCUGUUAAAGCUGUUCUUGUCCUGUACUUGGGCACACGUGAGCCCUUCUUACUGAAUUUUAUACCCUUGUGUCUGUGUACAUAAAUAUACAUACAUAUAUAUGUAUAAACUUUGGACAAAAGGCAAGCCUCAUUGUUGUGGUGGCUAUGUGUGUGGUCUGUCAGUGUGUCUGAUGUUAACUUCUUUUUUUUUUUUAAAGAUUUUAUUUAUUUAUCUAUAGAGGGAAAGGGAAGGAGA